UUUUAACAAUUUGUGUUUCAAAAAGCUAUUGAUGAGUUUACCCAAUGAAAUAAUCGAAUGGAUUUUCUUGGGAUCCAUCCUGUUGCUCACACUUUUCUCAAUAAUUAUGGGUGGUUAUUUGACAAUGCGGAUUAGGAGGAUGGGCGGAUUCAAUCUGAAAAUUUCAUACAGGCCACCGGAUUCUGAAGCAGAAACUAAGAAGAAGAAAAAGCAAAAACUAAUUAUUUGAUUUUUAAAUAUUUUUCGAAUAAAAAUAAAUUAGUAA